AUGGAAAUAGCGAAGAAACCGUGCUGCUACGUGGAGAGGACCGCUGCUGUGAGCGCAAAUCAGCUUCAAACUUGGCGAUGGGGUCACGUCAUGAAAGGAGAAACAAACAGCGCAGGAGAAGGAGACUCGUCGGAAGGAGAGUGGGCAUGCCCGGAUCCUAAGUGUGCUCAUGUGAAUUAUGAAUUCAAAAAUGCCUGCGAUGCUUGUGGAAGACAGAAACCUCGAUCGAAAAAUCGGGUCGGAAAGGAGAUUGGCAAGGAAAUGGCCGACAAAUCCAAAGGGCUUUUUGCUGCGGAAGAUUGGGUGUGUUCCAAAUGUGGCAACGUCAACUGGGCAAGGCGGAAAACUUGCAACGUUUGCAAUGCUCCCAAGCUUGCCGACCUUGAAAAGAGAACAGGUUAUGGUGGUGGAUUCAAUGAUCGACAAGAUAUUGAGUAUAUCAGGCGAGAUACUGAGGAUGAGUUUGACGAAUUUGGUAGAAAGAGGAAGAAAAAGGAUGAUGUACGGCAAAGUGCUGCUCCUGCAGAUCAGGCAAACGAACCAAAAAUCAUAGACGAAACGGUGGAUGAGGAAGAUGAAGAAGAGGGCGAGAUCGACAAGUACAAGUUGGGGAGUGAUGCAGAGGAAGAGGAGGAGUCAGAAGACGAGAUUGAUGAAGCAGUGUUGGAAAAGUAUGAUUUGACUGCUGAUCCUGAAAUAGCUGAGAUAAAGAUUGAAAUCAAACGUCCGCCUCCACGUCCAGCUGAUGCUGAAAGCGAUUGCUCCUGUUCCUGUUCCGGAGGAGAGUGUUCAUGUGAAGAUAGCGACCGUGAAAAGAAAGAUGCGGAUAAGGAUUCUGAGAGUGCUCGUGACAAAGUGCAUAAAUCCUCUCAGAUCGAGGUGAACGAGAACGAAGCCGUAAAAGGAGCUGGUCCCGGAGAAAGAGAUGAUGACAAAAGGACGUGUGAGGGACAGAGACAGGCAUCGAGAUUCCGAUCGCAAGAAUAUAGCAAUCUUGGAAUCGCGGACAGGAUUAGAAGAUCGGAAGGAAGAAACUCAGGUCUUCGAGAUACGGAAAAAAGAGACCGUUCAGUUCGUUCUCGUGAAAGGAAGACAGAGAGUCGGAAAAAGGAUAUGAUCUUCGAAGAUCGGCGCAGGUAA